AUGAACUGCAAAGAAAUCGAGGUUGCUGCAGUUCUACUGCACGGAGCUGAAACUUCGAGAACUACUACAACCAUAAUCAAAAAAGUACAAGUAUUUAUGAACAACUGUCUACACAAGGUACUCGGUGUCCAUCGGCCAGACACCAUCAGCGAUCUACUGCGACAGAGAAUAAAACAACUUUCAGCUGAGAAAAUUAUGGAAGAACGAGGGAGGAAAAAGGAAAAUAUGAAGACGAAGGGAAACAUUGCGUGGCUGGUGGGCGACCUAUGCUCCUCCACGAAAUGUGACAGGCUUGUGAAGGCGCGGAUCGAAAAAGCAAGAGCAGCAUAUUUACAACUGAGGAACAUCUGGAACUCAACCCAACUGUCAACCAACACCAAGGUCAGGAUUUUCAAUACAAAUGUCAAGACAGUUCUACUGUAUGGGGCAGAAACCUGGAGAACUACGAAAGCCAUCAUCCAGAAAAUACAGGUGUUUAUUAACAAUUAUCUACGCAAAAUACUUCAGAUCCAUUGGCCGGACACUAUUAGCAACAACGUACUGUGGGAGAGAACAAACCAGAUCCCAGCGGAGGAAGAAAUCAGGAAGAAGCGCUGGAAGUGGAUAGGACACACAUUGAGGAAAGCACCCAACUGCGUCACAAGACAAGCUCUCGCAUGGAAUCCUCAAGGCCAAAGGAAAAGAGGAAGACCAAAGAACACAUUACGCCGAGAAAUGGAGAUAGAUAUGAGAAAAAUGAACAAGAAUUGGAUGGAACUAGAAAAGAAGGCCCAGGACAGAGUGGGUUGGAGAAUGCUGGUCAGCGGCCUAUGCUCCAUUGGGAGUAACAGGCGGAAGUAA